AUGGCUUCCACCACGGGUGCUGAGACUAGCGAGAAGCGCGUGCGCCUUCGGGAGCUCAUCCCGGGCAUCAAGCUGGGCAAGUGGGAGCGCACCGGGCCAAAGAACGGCAUCACCGACGUCCCGGGAGUGCUCGUCCACACAGAGUCCAUCCACGACAAGGAAAAGGGCGUCAACACGGGCGUGACGACCAUCCUGCCGCGCAAGGAAUGGAUCGAAAAGGCCUGCUACGCCGGCAUGUUCCGCUACAAUGGCGCGGGCGAGCUGACGGGCAGUCACUGGAUCGACGACACGGGACUGCUGAGCAGCCCGAUCGUCAUAACCAACAGCUUCGGGGUGGGUGCCUGCCACACCGGCAUCUACCGGUACGGCGCGCAGCACUACCGCGACAAGAACGGCGACGUGGACUGGUUCCUGAUGCCCGUCGUGGGCGAGACCUACGAUGGCAUGCUCAACGACCUGUCGCAAUUCGUCGUGACGCCGGAGCACGCCGUGCGCGGCAUCGAGCGGGCGUCCGCCGACCCGGUGCCCGAGGGCAACACGGGCGGUGGCACCGCCAUGACCUGCCACGGUUUCAAGGCCGGCACCGGCACCUCGAGCCGGCUUGUCGCCGGCCUGGACGCCGACGGCAAGCCGAUCGACUACACCGUCGCGGCGCUCGUACAGGCCAACUACGGCCGGCUGUACUCGCUGACCAUCGCCGGCGCGCCCGUUGGUCGCAUCCUGUGGGCGGACGCGGAGCACGACGCCGUCGCGCGGGGCGCCCGCGACGCCUACGAGCAGGCCAAGAAAGUCAAGGACGGCAGCAUCAUUGUCGUGAUAGCGACCGACGCGCCGCUCAACCCGGUGCAGCUGCAACGGCUCGCGAGGCGGGCGACACGCGGCAUCUCGCGCGUGGGCGGCUACGGCAACACCAACAGCGGCGACGUCUUCAUCGCCUUCAGCACGGGCACGGUGGCGCCGGGCCAGUUCGACGCCGCGGGGCUCGAGUUCCUGCCGGACAAGGCGGAGAUCCUGCGGCACGAGGCCGUGGACGAGCGCAAGAUGGACAGCCUCCUGGAGAGCGCGGGCGAGGCCACCGAGGAGGCCAUCCUCAACGCGCUGUGCAUGGCGGAGACGAUGACGGGGUUCAGAGGGCGCACCGUGGAGGCGAUGCCGCUGGGCAGGGUAAAGGAUAUCGUGCAGCGGCACAUUGACCUGGAGAAGGCGCUGGUGGCGGGGAAGUAA